GCUCGCAAACAACCAUCAUGGACCAGAAGUUCGGGGAAAUGGAUGAGGCCUAUCAGGCCCGGAUGCUGCUCCUGAUUACCGAAGCUAAGCAACGGUCAGAUGCAGUUGCAGCCACAUCAAAGAAGAAGGCAGAGGACGCUGAAAAGGCACGUCUGUUGGCAAUCAAACAGCAGCGCCCACAAGACGAGGCAGCAGCAAAGGCUGCCGAUGAAGAACGAGUUCAACGACGCGAGAAGAUAUUCAGCGGAGAGCGAGCUUUGCUCACAAUGGCAUCGGAUUGGCGGGCCGAGGCCGAGAACGCAGGAGGACAUCCACAGCCGCGACGACGCGUUGUCUCACGUCCACAGCCGUCUCCAUCAGCUGGAGCAGCGACCCGUCGCCGUCCCCGCUGCCAGCUCUUCCAACACCUCCGAUCGCCUCGAGGCAUUGGAGAUUGACGUCGGAUCCCUCAAGGACAGCGUGCAGUUACAGCAAACCACAACGCAACAGUUGGUGCAACGGAUCUGUACUGCCGCCACCCACUCGAGCUCGGAAGCGCGCGAGACAACUCCAAAGUUCGAUGGGCAAGAGAUCUUCUGCGACUCGACGAAGACGGACCCGAUUCCAUGGUUCCGCAAGUUCGAGCUCAAGUUGCAGCUCCACAACGUCAGCGAACACAAGCAUCGCGCGUACUUAUACUCCCGGUCGGGAAGUGCGUGCCAAGCAUGGUUGGACAAUCUCUUGUCCAAGUACGGAGUGGUGGCUGUCGACUUGCACACCAAGAUCAGCUGGGAUGAUCUAAAGGCUGUGCGGCAUAAGCGGUUUCAAGUGGAGCCGCCGGAGAUCAAGGCCAUGGACAAGCUGAUGACCUUCGAACAAGGCACGCUGCUGAGUGUUGACUGGAUUGCCGAGUACCAACGCUUGACAUCCGUCCCAGACAUUCAAAUGGGCUUCGAGGUCGUCAAACACUACUUCAUCUCGAGGUCGUGUCCGGCGUUGGGCAAUGCCUUGACUCACAGCAUGAGCGAGGAGGAGCUUACGGUCCUCCGCGCGCAACUCGAUGACUUGUUGGACAAGGGUUGGAUCCGCCCUAGUAGCUCUCCAUAUGGAGCGCCAGUCCUCUUCGUACGGAAGAAGAAAACGGAUCUACGUUUGUGCAUCGACUACCACAAGCUCAACAAGCAAACCGUCAAGAAUGCGGGGCCUCUUCCUCGUAUCAACGAUCUUCUUGAGCGAUUGGGUGGCGCGAAGUAUUUUUCUAAGUUGGAUUUGAAGUCGGGAUACCAUCAGAUUUCGAUCUGGCCGAACAAUCGUUAUAAAUCUGCGUUCAAGACGCCGUACAGACAUGUGGUCAAGCCUUUUGGCCUCACCAACGCCCCGACGACCUUUCAAGGGGCAAUGACCAACGAGUUCCGUGCAAUGUUGGACCGGUUCGUGCUGGUCUACUUAGACGACAUCCUCGUCUAUAGCCGGACGUUGGAGGAGCAUCUUGGGCACCUUCGACAAGUAUUGGAGACGCUCCGCCGCGCCAAGUGCAAAUUUGUCCGGCAAGAGCUGGAAUACUUGGGCCAUUUUGUCACACCAGAGGGCAUCAGUCCGCUGUCUGACAAGAUUCAAGCCAUCCAAGAGUGGCUGGAACCACGGAACGUCACGGAUGUCCGUUUGUUCCUUGGCCUUGCCGGCUACUACCAACGUUUCAUCAAGGGAUACUUGAAGAUCGCAGCCCACUUGACCAAGCUUCAAUGCGAGGAUCGACCGUUUGACUUUGGAGAGGAUGCGCGGGAAUCAUUUUUGGCUCUCAAAGCCGCGCUAUUAUCUGCGGAGGUCUUGCACAUAUACGACCCGAUAUUGGCAACGUGCGUCACUACGGAUGCGUCCGACUAUGGCAUUGGUGCCGUCCUCGAGCAACACGAUGGCGUGGACUGGCACCCGUUCGAGUACUUCAACAAGAAAGUGCCCGUCGUGCACUCCAUUGAUGAUGCACGCAAGAAGGAGCUCCUAGCCUUCGUCCACACGCUCAAGCGGUGGCGGCACUUCCUCCUUGGUCGAAGUCAAUUCCGAUGGGUAACGGAUAACAAUCCGUUGGUCUUCUACAAGACCCAAGACACCGUCAAUAGCACCAUCGCCCAUUGGAUGACUUUCAUCGACCAAUUUGACUUCUUUCACGAUCACAUUCCGGGGAAGUCAAACCGUUUUGCGAAUGCUCUUUCACGGCACCCGGAUCAUUGUACCGCAGUUUACUCGAUCUUCGAGAUCGGCGGCGACCUGCAAGACAGCUUCAUCCGCGGCUACCAAGCCGACCUCGAGUUUCACGACAAGUUAGCGAAUUGCUCCUCUCCUAAUCCAGCGCCUUCUCACUACUGGAUCCAAGAGGGGUACUUGCUUGUCCACACGUCGGGGAAGGACCUUCUUUGCGUACCGAGUGACUCUCACUUGCAGGCACGGCUUCUUAGUGAGUUCCACGAUGCUCCCGCUACCGGACACUUUGGAGUCAAUCGCACGAUUGGCCGACGAGCGAUUUUGGUGACCUAGCCUUCUCGGCGAUGUCACAUGCUACUGCGAGUCAUGCGAGAUUUGCCGACGCUG